AUGGUCCAUUAUCUCUGUACCAGUGAUGGUCAAACACUUCAUGAUCCAUCUUCAAGAGGCAUUGCAAAACGGCGAAUAGAGUACAGGCGGAGCGUCCUUGCCUACUGUAUGGAGGUUGGAUAUGGCAUGCCCGGCCUCAAGUCUCAUCCCUUGCGACACAUGAAGACGUUUGCCGACGCUUUUGAUGUUCAACGGAUCCUGGUCAUAGCAAAGGAAUUCCUCACCAAUCACAGCAGCUGUCUUCUAGAAUCCGAGUAUUCUGAUUUUAUACGCGGGGAAUUGGAAGGUGCUAUGGAAGCGAACGGAGACUUUUUAAGCAGUCUGAUUUUCUGCAGGGCUUUGGAAACCAGUUCAUGUUUGACAGUGUCUUCGAAGAAGAUUCCAUCGCUCAGCAACGAGAAUAGGGCUCUGAAAAUUGUCAAUGAGAGCUUGCACGAGGACAAGGAUGAGCCAAACUGUCCUCAGAAACUGGGACCUGUAUGGCCGCGGUUCCUUUCAGUGUCCGGUAAUUAUGAGUCCACCGUUGUCCGUCCGGGGUCCGCAGGAUUGAUUGGACAUGAUCGCUCUGGAGGGUUAUCAAGUGAUGUAGAACCGGUAGAUACUGGCCUUGGGUUCGUCAAUAUUCGGGAAAACAAGGAAGUUCAGAAACAUAGCCAAGUUAUGUGGAAGCCAACGCAUGAACACGUUGCUCAAGAGCUCAUCACUGUGUGCUCGGUUACUUCCCCUCAUUUUUUAGUUUACGUAUAG